GACCAACCAUGUGCGCCUGCGCGAGGCAAUGUUUUGCGCUGUCGCGCCAGUGGGAGAAGUUGUGGGAAAUUUGGGAGGUUCACUAGUUUUUAUGCCACCAAAACCACAUUUCUCAAAGCCAUAGGGACUCCAGGAUUAUAGGAGUCGUUGCCAGUCAAUGUAUCUACAUGUUGACGAAGUAGGAGCACCAGCAAUAGUCGUGAGCUGGAGAUUUCUGCUAUCAAAUUUGGAGGAUUUUCCGACGGAGUCUGUCGGGGAGAGAUAGGGUGCACCCCUUGUGGACGAGCCGUGGGAGGGCGCGGGGAGCCAGCCUUGGGAUUUCUGCCCUUAAUACAGGUUCCCGGAAGUGCAUUGUUUUUGGUGCGAAGGAGUAAGACACCCACACAACCGCAACACGACACUCUCCCAACCUGCUCCGCAACAACAAGAGAGCCACGUUUGUAAACAAGGACCCACGAGUUUUUUUUUUUUUUUCACUCUCUCUAGAUCAAGAUUUUAUCUAACAAAAUUUGUGAGUUAAAGAUUGAUAGAAUUCCUCGAUGCUAGCGAUGUCUAGUUCAAACUCAGUGACGAGUAACGAUGCCUGUUUGAGCAUCGUGCACAGUCUCAUGUGCCACAGGCAAGGAGGAGAGACCGAAACAUUCGCCAAGAGAGCCAUAGAGAGCCUCGUGAAGAAACUGAAAGAGAAGAAAGAUGAACUGGACAGUUUGAUCACAGCGAUCACCACAAACGGGGCACAUCCCAGCAAGUGUGUCACCAUCCAGAGGACACUGGACGGGAGAUUACAGGUAGCGGGACGGAAAGUUUUCCCACACGUAAUAUACGCCAAGAUAUGGCGCUGGCCCGACCUGCACAAAAACGAGCUAAAACACGUCAAGUUCUGCAAGUUCGCUUUCGACAUUAAGGCGGACUAUGUGUGUGUGAAUCCGUACCAUUAUGAGAGGGUAGUGUCGCCAGCCAUCGACCUUUCUGGGCUGACAUUGCAGCACACAGCUCCUCCCAGUAGACUUGUGAAGGAUGAGUUUGUUCACGAGUGUGUGCAGGUGGAGGGGAACCAGUACAACACACCGGGAACCUCCGACUCCUCCCAGUCCAUCCAGACUAUACAACACACCUCCAACCACACACAGAGUCGGCCUGACAGCUUCCCACAUCCCAUGUUAUCAGCACCACACUCAGUUUCCUCAGCUGCCCCUGUCACCAAUGGUUUUGGGAUGUCCCACUCUGACCCUAAUGGCCUGAACAGACCAGGUCCGAGCAUGGUUGGUUUCGGGGCGCCCCCUCACUCAGACAGUGUCUUCACACACAUUGCAGUGCCGUCAGGCCCGGGGCCUUCCAUGGCACAGCAACAGCAGGCACCUCCGCAGCAGGCAACCCCGGGGCCUUCCACUCUGGAGUCUACCACUGUCGCUACCCAGCCCUCCACACCCUUCAGAAGCAACACGACGACUUGGGCAGGAAACAACACAGCGACGUACACACAGAACAUGGCGCCAGAGGGCAGCCUGGCACCGCCACCAUACUGGGCUGGAGGUGGUGCUGGGAACAGCCAGCUCCACAGCGAUGCAUCUCUGGCAAACAUGCCGCUGUCAUCACGACCUGGCCCUGAAUACUGGUGCUCUAUUGCCUACUUUGAGAUGGAUGUCCAAGUUGGUGAAAUUUUCAAGGUCCCGUCCAGCUGUCCAACAGUGACUGUGGACGGGUACACGGAUCCGUCAGGCAUCGACAGGUUCUGCCUCGGACAGCUCUCCAACGUGCACAGGACAGAGGCCAGUGAAAGAGCAAGGUUACAUAUUGGGAAGGGUGUACAGCUGGACCUGAGAGGGGAGGGUGACGUCUGGGUCAGAUGUCUCAGCGACCACGCCGUCUUCGUGCAGAGCUAUUACCUGGACCGUGAGGCGGGACGAGCGCCGGGCGACGCUGUGCACAAGAUCUAUCCCAGUGCUUACAUCAAGGUGUUUGACCUGCGCCAGUGCCACCGCCAGAUGCAGCAGCAGGCGGCAACAGCACAAGCAGCUGCAGCCGCUCAGGCCGCAGCUGUGGCGGGGAACGUGCCCGGGCCGGGGUCCGUGGGUGGGAUCGCUCCUGCCAUCGGGGUUCUUUCAGAUCUGGGCCUGUCGUCUGCGGCGAGUAUAGGGGUGGACGACCUCAGGCGGCUCUGCAUCCUGCGAAUGAGCUUCGUGAAGGGCUGGGGCCCGGACUACCCACGACAGAGCAUCAAACAGACGCCCUGCUGGAUCGAGAUCCACCUGCACCGCGCCCUGCAGCUAUUGGACGAGGUUUUACACACGAUGCCGCUAACAGGAGGCGAUCCACGGCACCUGGACUAGCGUAGCGCUCGUUUCUUUUUUGUAAAAGUUUACUAGAAAUAAGAUUGAUUUUAUUUGAAUCUGUCAGACCAAUGAAAAUGUAACAUUGCUAUUUAAGUUUUUUUUCACAAAUCUACAGACUGAAAUACAUGUUUAUUUCCAUCAAGAAUACCUGCACACCCUUAUAUUCAAGUAGAAUGACCCAAAGCUUGAUGUAACAAGCAGAAUAUACUGUGAAUCUCCAAACUUUUGCGGUGGUUUUAUUCUUGUGAUGAUUCCCCCAUGGUGAAUUCAUGACACCACAAACAAUGCGUUUCUACUGUAGAAUUGUUUCAACUGCAGAUUUAAAGCAAAGGGAACACCUCAUUUUCCCCCUUAAUGCAAAAUGAAACCACCAGAAAAGUAAAUGUAUUUGCAGUAUAUGGAUUGCACCUUUGUAUGCUGGGAGACAUGUUUUUGUCCCUCCUGUAGUUGUUAUACUUAAUUCAUGAUACAGAUGCCAGAAAUAUAUUGAAGCAUAUGACGUGUGCAAGUGGAAGUUAUGACUUAAGAUAUAACAAAACCAUAUAUCUACUAGACAUGUAUGUCGACAAAAUGGCAGGCAUAAAUAGACAGCCAAACAGACAACUCUGUGUGAGGUUUUUAAUUUACAAGCCCACAAGUGGGCAAGGAUUACAUGUUACCAGUGUACUACCAUGUUGUCUUUACUAUAUUGAUUUAUAUUUUCUGUACAUAAUAUCUUCCAUUGGCACAGCCUGGCCAUAUACUUUGUAACAGUGCGUUAAGGAAUCCGAGUAUAUAUGUACAAUUUCUUCAAGACCAUUAUUUUAUAUCAUGAAUGGAUGUAAUACUUUUCUUAUCUGUAAGAAAGCAAGCCAUUUUCCAUGACAUGCCUGUUCAGAAUCAAGAAAGAGGGUCUGAUUUAGUUUGAAAUUUUGAAGGGUUGAAAAAGUAAUUAUGACUUUUCUUGUAGUUCUAAGCCUAUUUUUUUACAGUCUGCAUACUUUAGAUAGUAAAAAUGCAUGAGUGAUUCUACAACAGUCCUCAUCAGUCCCUGCACCACUGUGAUAUGUACUUCUUGCGUCACAUUUCCAAAGGUUUGUUGGAAAGGAGCUAUAGCCGAUCCAGGCUUCGGCCAUGCUAUGGAUGGACACUGCCUAGAAGUGCAAAAAAAACCUGACUGGACAUUAGUUUGGAAAUGUUACUAUAGCAUUACACCAACCGGUGUGUGUAGCAUUACUAUUAGUACCUCAGGUCUGUAAAAAAAACUCACAUUGCCUUGAGUCAUGGACUUAUCAUUGUGGAGUAUAGAAGGAAGGCUACCCUUGAGAUUUAUUCUAUUGGCACUGCAUUAAAAGCCAGCUUUCCCAAAAAAACUCAUUGAUAUAUAUGGAACUAAAUGUUAGAUAAUGUUGGUACGUAUUGAAUAGGGCAUUAAAGAGCAUGUGUUUUGAGGAUCUAAACAUGCCUUCCUAGACAACAAUGUGGUCUUGUUGGUAGAGAGAGACAGCUAGAAAUGGUACUGUCCAAUCCAAGGAAGCCACAUGGUAUAACAUGUCAUGACAGCUGUAAGAUAUUAUGGGAUGUAAUGAUUGACAUACUGAUGUGCAGUGAAGUAGCCAAUAGGAGUGGGUAGAAACUAAUGUGAUCUUAGAGAUAGUGGGAUAAGGACUCGGAUUGUGAUUGGUAAAUUGUACAAAUUUAAUGUAACAGUAAUCUGGCAAACUUGCUAGUGAUUUUAUUUGAAUUUUCAAAUGUUUAAGAUAAAAUUUACCUUGUUCUUUCAAUUACAAAUACAUGCCAAAUUUACUGGAAUUUUUGCAACUGUGAAUUGAAAUUAUUUUACUGAAAUUAUCAGAAUUAAGUCAGGGAUUUCCAGUCAACCAGUAUGGCAGCUGUGCAAAAACUGAUACAGCUACCAUGUUGGUGUCCCAAUUUGCAUACCAGUAAAUCAUAGCUCAAGUUCUUUUUUACAUGUAAAGAUCUUCUGACCUUCUCAAAUACCCACUAUUGAAUGUCUACAGCUGAAAGUACAGAUUAUGUAAGGCGUACUUAAAACUUGAUUAGGCCAUGUUGAUUUGAUUACUAGUAGCAUAUGGAUUACAACCUUGCGCACUUCAAUUUUAGUCCAUUUCCACAAAAAGAUUUCGACCAUGCUGUAAAUUGUACAAAAUGAGAAAAUGCAUGUGUGCUGUGAAUUGCAACGUGAAGUCAGAAAAUGGAUAUUAAAGAUGUAUAGAAUGCCAAAGUCAAUUCAAUAGUGAAAAGAAUAUGUGAAAGAACAAAAAUGUAAUUUUGUUUUUUGUCAAACUUUUUUUUUUCAUUCGCACAGUUGCAUCAGUUUUGGGGAUUCCAGAGGAUGUCAUUGCUACAAUAAAAUCAACAUGGCCCUAUAGAGCAAAAAAAUCCUGUGUACAUUUUAGCUAUGGUCACUGAAAUGCAAAUAGGGACACCAACAUGGCUGUCAGCUCUUUCCUCUUCACUGGCAUGACAAGUGGGUGUAAAUGCUCUAUACUGCAGAGACGCGUGUGGUGUAAUUAUAUCAAACUGGAUGUGAAAAUGCACAGUAGAGCAGGAAUAAGGUUACUGUCAGAUUUGUCUUGUCACAAAUAUGCAAAUGUGACACGUCAGAUUUGCUCAUCAGCAACCAGGUUUCGAAUGGCUAUUCUCAGUCUGUACAGGAUACUAAUGAAUUUAGGUACAUUUUAUUCCCACAACCCAGGUAUAAAGAUGUACCACCGUUUAUGUGUAGAAUAGUUUGAUAAAUAAAAGUAUAGCAAAGCUAGGGGAUAAGUAUGAUACUGAUAGUUUGCCCAAUAUUUGCAGCAUCAGAAAAGGAUAUGUUGCAGAUAUAAUAUUAUAGUUGCACCAUAAACUUUUAUUGAUAAGUUAGGAUAUCACAUCACACCUAUGAUAGUAUUUUACAUGUGGAAUCUAAUAGAGAAUUCCAAAUAUCUGUUGCCAAUGAAUGUACCUAACUAUGUACAUGCCAUACUUUUGAUACAAUUGUGUGUUUUUAUUAACAGCAGACUUCAUCUCAAUCGUGUGAAUACCAUAUUUGGUGCUAGGUCACACUGAUAACAGUGUUAAGGAUUCUAAAUAUCAUUAAUACUGAUAUACAUGUACUAUCAAUUUGCUUGCUAUUGUCAAAUCAAGGUUACUUACUGCAGAUUCAAUUUUUCAACCCAAUAUGCGAUUUACAAGUUUUGACAUUCUUUUUGCAUCAUGAAAAUGAGAACUGCAUUAAUUGUCAGCAUUGUACUUUAUUAUUCAGAAAUAUCUAUUAAGUCCACUAAGACACCACUACAGAUACUUUCAUAAUAAAGGCAGUAUGUGACAUAGAAGGUACCAAGUGUUAUUGAGACAGUAGUAACAGAGUUUGCUCAUAACUUAAGAUUGAAAUGUGUGAAGUAAGCAAGGUUUGGGCACCACUGUCUUGUGUAUAUUUUCUACUUUUUUGCAAUAUUUCUGCAGUAAACCUUUAUUUUUAAAUACACUUUAUUUGUGACUGCAAUGUAUCAUGUAAACGGCAAUAUAAGAUAUGCUAGUAUAGUAGUUGGGAUAAAUUUGUACAGUGCUUUGUUUUUUGCAAUGUAGUUGUGUGCUACAUUUUCUACACAUGGCUUUAUAACAAACAGUAGCAGUGCAUCGUGUUUGUUAGUAGGAAGUGGAAUAAAUUAUUGGGAAUAUUU